CUGGCCGGGUUCUCCCAGCCCCUUCAGGUGUCCUCUCGCCUUCCUCCAGGGGUUGCUACUCUCCACGCAGUUCUUCUCUUCUGCCUGGGAGGCACGAAGUGCCUCCUGGCAGCCGCUGAUGCACGUCUCCCGCGUCUAAAAGUCCCCUUGACAUCACUGCUCCUUCCCGUCUCUCAGGUGUGCGAUUCUCUUCUCAUCCAGCCGCGCCGAAAGUGAAAGCGGGACGGGCGGCAGGGAAGGAGUGAGGCGGAAGCUUGGUGGCCGCUGAGACAGAGAGUGGCCAGCCCGGCAGUGCGGCCAGCACAGCUGAGCGGCGCGGCAUGGCGGGGGAGGGGAUCAUCCGCUUCUUCCGAAGCAGCUUGCGCCGGAGAUCGGCCCGGAGAGAUGAAUCCCAGGAAGCUGUUCCUACAGAAAGAAAGCUGGAUAUUGGUGAGAGGCCAGGAGAGAGAAGCAGUUUCCUUUACUCUGCAGGACACUUGUUCUUUGAAUAUUUGGUUGUGGUCUCGCUUAAAAAGAAUGUUAAAGGAGAUUAUGAGCCCAAAAUUACGUAUCAGUUCCCAAAGCGUGAGAACUUGAUGAGGGGACAGCGUGAAGAGGAGGAGAGGUUGCUGCAAGCUAUUCCCCUGUUCUGCUUUCCAGAUGGCAACGAGUGGGCACCACUUACGGAGUACAACAGUGAAACAUUUUCUUUUGUCCUCACCAAUGUCGAUGGGAGUAGAAAGAUUGGCUACUGCAGGCGACUGUUGCCAUCUGGACGAGGUGCUCGUCUCCCAGAGGUUUACUGCAUCAUAAGCUGCUUGGGUUGUUUUGGCCUGUUUUCAAAGAUUUUGGAUGAGGUGGAGAAGAGGCGACAGAUCUCUGCAGCAGUCAUCUAUCCCUUUAUGCAGGGUCUACGCGAAUCCCCUUUUCCAGCACCAGGAAAAACGGUCACUAUUCAAAGCUUCAUCCCUGACUCGGGGACAGAGCAAAUUGAGCUAACACGACCCCUGGACUCUCACUUGGAACAUGUGGAAUUUCAGGCCCUCUUUCAGUGUCUCAGUCCCGAGAAGAUCCUCCAGAUAUUUGCCUCUGCAGCCCUGGAACGACGGAUAGUAUUCCUGGCUGAGGAACUCAGCUCCCUCUCCAAGUGCAUUCAUGCAGCUGCAGCUCUCCUUUACCCCUUUACCUGGGCCCAUACGUACAUUCCAGUGGUUCCAGAGCAGCUUCUCAGCACUGUCUGCUGCCCCACGCCCUUCAUGGUUGGGAUCCAAAAGCGCUACCUGGAUGAGGUUCAGGAUCAACCCAUGGAAGAGGUGCUACUUGUCGAUCUGUGUGAAGGAAAGUUCUUAAAAUUGGUUGGUGAUGAAGAAGAGAUUUUGCCUGUUAAGCUACAGAGUGAGAUGCUGUCCUCUCUGCCCACAAUGAACAACAGCGUACAGACCUCUGAGGAACUCAACACAUGUGUUUCAGACACCUUUGUACAGUUCUUUGUCAAAACAAUUGGACACUAUCCAGCGCACAUCAAAUGGAACAGGAAUGGUCAGGGCUGCUUCCAGGAGCGGUCAUUCUGCAAGGCCCUCACCUCCAAGGCCAGCCGCAGGUUUCUGAAAAAGUUUGUGAAGACUCAGAUGUUCUCAUUAUUUAUUCAAGAAGCAGAAAGGAGCAGGAAAGGUGUAGAAGGAUAUUUCCAGCAGAAAUUAAAUGAAUAUCAAGAACAAAAGAAACAAAGGAGACUCUCCUGAAUUUCUGCCCUAGGAUUGCUCACCAGCAGAUGAACGGACCUGUGCCUAGAGUAAUUGUCUGUUUGGACCAAGAGAAACCCCUAAGAGGAAGAGCAUCCUUGGAUAUGUUGGUUCUUAUGGUAGUCUCAUCUUUAUGUGUGAACCAUGAGAGGCCAGCAUAGCUUCAGAUUCCACUUCUUACCCUUUUCCUCCUCUCUCAUGCCUGGCACUACAAAGCUGCUCUUUUAUGUAGUUAACAUUGGGCUACAGUUUAUAGCCCAACUGACAGUAAGACAAAGCUGCAGUUCUCAAGAAAGUGGCAGCAUAAAACUGUAAUGAGCCAAGAGAUCAUCUUGGUCAAAAUAGGAUUCUAGAGUUCUCUAGAAAUUCAGUUAAAUGAAGGAGAAGAGUGGGGUGGCUAAUAAUGAUGAAGAUUGUAGAGCAAGUGACAAGACAAAUUAUGUGGAAACAUUUUUGUCAUUAAAAUGGUUUCCAGUCCAAA